AUGAUUGGAACUGCUACCCCAAGAGACAAAUUUUUGGCUGAAUUCCCAAGUUUGGUCGAGGAAUUGAAAUCCAUUUUGACCAACUAUGGUAUGCCUGCGGAGGCUGUGUCAUGGUACGAAAGCUCGUUGCAACACAAUACGCCAGGUGGGAAACUGAACCGUGGGUUGUCUGUUGUGGAUACUUAUGCCAUCCUGAAGGGGUUUUCGUCAAUUGACGAACUUUCCACCGAGGAAUACAAGAAACUGGCGAUUCUUGGGUGGUGUAUCGAGCUGUUGCAAGCGUACUUCUUGGUUGCAGACGACAUGAUGGACCAGUCCAUUACAAGAAGAGGCCAGCCUUGCUGGUAUAAGAUGCCCAACGUCGGGGAUAUCGCUAUCAACGAUGCGUUCAUGCUAGAGGCAGCCAUUUAUUCCCUAUUGAAGAACCACUUCAAACAAGAGAAGUACUACGUCGACUUGCUAGAGUUGUUCCACGAGGUUACUUUGCAGACGGAGUUGGGCCAAUUGUUGGACUUGAUCACCGCACCAGAGGACCACAUCGAUUUGAACAAAUUCUCGCUGGCCAAGCACUCGUUCAUUGUGAGAUUCAAGACCGCGUAUUAUUCGUUCUACCUGCCUGUUGCGCUGGCCAUGUACGUUGCCGGCAUCACGGACCCUAAAGACUUGCAACAAGCUCGAGACGUCUUGAUCCCAUUGGGCGAAUACUUCCAGGUCCAGGAUGACUACUUGGACAACUUUGGUACCCCAGAACAAAUCGGAAAGAUCGGUACCGAUAUCCAGGACAACAAGUGCUCCUGGUUGAUUAACAAAGCGUUGGAGAUUGUGACCCCUGAACAACGGAAACUGUUGGACGAGAACUACGGCCAAAAGGAUGCCACAUGCGAGGCCCGUGUCAAGAAACUGUACGACGAGCUGAAAUUGGGCGACUACUACCACGCCUACGAAGAACAAACUGCAAAGGACAUCACUGCAUUGAUAUCCAAGGUAGACGAAUCUCGCGGCUUCAAGAAGGACGUGUUGACCGCUUUCUUCAAGAAAGUCUACAAGAGAAGCAAAUAA